CUAAUGAUCCAAUCAGCCAGAGACACCGAUAGGGGGAAGAGGCACAUGCCGGUUCAGUUUACUCAUUCACUUUCUCACACAUCCUUGCUCUACUCACACUUGCUCAAAACUCUGCAGGCAGAGGAAGUCUCCUAGAUAGAAACAGCUCUGCUGGGGGGGAAAUUCCUUUUGGCUCCCAAAGGAAACCAGGGUGCAAUCAGAGUCCUCAAGCUGUUCCUUUGAAGAAACUUACAGGGAAAGUGUUGCAACAUGAAUGGACCUGUGGAUGGCUUGUGUGACCACUCUCUGAGUGAAGAAGGGGCUUUCAUGUUCACUUCGGAGUCUGUAGGAGAAGGGCAUCCUGAUAAGAUCUGUGAUCAGAUCAGUGAUGCUGUGCUGGAUGCCCAUCUCAAACAAGACCCAAAUGCCAAGGUUGCUUGUGAAACUGUCUGCAAAACUGGGAUGGUCCUACUCUGUGGGGAGAUCAGUUCAGUUGCCAUGGUGGAUUAUCAGCGUGUAGUCCGGGACACCAUUAAACACAUAGGCUAUGAUGAUUCAGCCAAAGGCUUUGACUUCAAGACCUGCAAUGUGCUAGUAGCCCUGGAGCAACAAUCUUCAGAUAUUGCCCAGUGCGUCCAUUUAGACAGAAAUGAAGAAGACAUUGGUGCCGGAGACCAGGGUUUGAUGUUUGGCUAUGCCACAGAUGAGACAGAAGAAUGUAUGCCUCUCACAAUUAUACUUGCUCAUAAGCUCAAUGCCCGGAUGGCAGAUCUGAGGCGCAUGGGGGUUCUCCCCUGGCUAAGACCUGACUCUAAAACUCAGGUCACUGUCCAGUACACCCAGGACAAUGGGGCUGUCAUUCCAGUGCGUAUUCACACUAUUGUGAUCUCAGUGCAGCACAAUGAGGACAUCACACUGGAGGAUAUGCGCCGGGCUUUAAAGGACCAAGUGAUCCGAGCUGUGGUGCCUUCAAAAUAUCUGGAUGAGAAGACAAUUUACCACCUACAGCCCAGUGGGCGUUUUGUCAUUGGUGGGCCACAGGGGGAUGCAGGAGUCACUGGCCGGAAGAUCAUUGUGGACACUUAUGGAGGCUGGGGGGCUCACGGGGGAGGAGCCUUCUCCGGGAAGGACUAUACCAAGGUGGACCGCUCUGCAGCCUACGCAGCCCGUUGGGUGGCAAAGUCCCUAGUGAAAGCCAAACUGUGUCGGAGAGUUCUGGUGCAAGUUUCUUAUGCAAUUGGUGUGGCUGAGCCUCUCUCAAUUUCCCUGUUCACCUAUGGGACCUCCCAAAGGACAGAGAGAGAGCUGUUAGAUGUGGUGAAUAAGAAUUUUGAUCUUCGUCCUGGAGUCAUUGUCAGGGAACUUGAUUUGAAGAAGCCAAUUUAUCAGAAGACAGCAUGCUAUGGCCAUUUUGGAAGAAACGAAUUUCCCUGGGAAGUUCCCAAGGAACUCGUAUUUUGAUGUUGGCAGGAACCAGUCUCUUGAGGAACACACAAUAGGAUUCCACAUUGCAAGAUGGCCCCGGCUUUCACUCCCUUUGACCACUCUAUAUGCAGAUCAGAGAGCUACACGAUACUGACAGACUACUUACUUUCUCUAUAGGAACUGGUUCUGUUCUUCACCAUUGUCCUGAGUUAGUGGCAAAGCCACACCUAUUUUUCGCAUGUUGCCAUCAGCAGAAAGCCUGGUAGAAUUCAUAUUUCUAGUUUUGCUGGGUCAGACCUAUUUAUAAAGAUGAUAAUGAUUUUCCCUCAACUCUUGAUUCUGACCCAGGACAAUAUGAUUGAUUACAAGGGAAAGAGUGUGUAGAUACGUCAAUUGCAGCCAAUGGCCUUUAUCACGCAGGGGCCAGGGGCCAGGGGUGGUAAGUGGGGUUUGGAAUCAGGGAGUUCUAGGGUCCAGAUUUAUUUUUCUUCCAAUGGCAUCCUGGGUUCUUUGUAGAUUGGUCUCCCUUUCUUGCCAUGUGCUGAACACAAGGAUUUCACAAAUGGGUCAAUGUCCCAAAUCUUUGGCCUUAUAUUUGAGAGAUAAUCUCUAUACCUGGGGUUCCUACCUGGGUCCCCCAAGAUAAUUCAUGAAUAGAUUUCUGGAGGGGCUGUGAAUUUAGCUGGGGAAAACCUCACAUCUUUAUUUUCACAAAUCUCUAACUGAAAUAUAUACAAUUUCCUAUAACAAUUUAAAGACAUGAGACGGGGUCCCUAAUCUUUAUUCACCAGACAUUGCCCAAGGCACAGUUAAGAACAUCUGAACAACUUGGAUUUGGAGUCAGAAGUCCUGGAUUUGGAGUCAAAUUCUGACUUUGCCAUUUAGUAUCUCUGUGACCUCAGGCAAAGCACUUAACUCCUCUGGGCCUCAGCUCCUUCAACUUCCAGUUCUAAUUCUAUGAUCAUAUGAGCCUAGGUGCCAUACCCAAUCUAGUUCAGAGUCAUGCUUCUGAGGUCUCUGGCCCCUUCCCGUUCAGCCCUCUCUUGGUGUUCUGGGCCAGCUUUCUGUUAAGAAGCAAGCCUCAACGAAAAGUCAAGUUUGAAUGGCACCCUAGCCCAGUGCCUUGCACAUAGUAGGAGCUCAACAAUAUUUAUCAAAUUGACUGGGAAGUAUGUCCACAUCUGUCUGGAGAGAGGAUUGGUGCUUCCAUGGCCAACUGAUAAUCAAUGAUCCUGAUGAUUCAACGUAUAAAAGGAGACAAGGCCAGGAAAAGAAAGUAAAGAAGUAUUUAUUUCUGUCUCAGCAAUAUUCCACACAAAUCGUAUAAUGUGUUAUCUAGCAAGGAUAUACCAGAGGUUGCUCUUGGAGGGAGAGUGGAAAAUAAGAACCAGAGAAAAGCUAGAAAAACUAAAGCAUAGACUGAAAAACUAGGAGGAAACCUUGCUAAUCAAGAUAUCCAUCGGAUCAGGAGCCUGUGUCAUUUAAGGGCCAGCUCUGGCUCAGUUUCCAUAUAGCUGCUGCUGUUACGAAUGUGAAUCCUGAAAAUUCAUUUUGAAUAGACAUGUUCCCUGAAGAGGAAAUAGCAAUGAAGCAAGUUCUUGACUAGAAAAAUCACAUCUAUAAGGCACAUAGAUGUUUUUCAUGUGAAGGACUGCCAAGCGCCAAACUGUGAUUGUACUUUCAUCUUCUCAUCUGGUACUUUCUAAAGGCACAUUGGAGAGAUGAUAGUUUUUAAUUAAAUGCAUCUAUAGCUAACUAUGAAACCAUUGCUAAUAGGCAGGCCCACUGUAAAGGUCAAGCUGAUUUUUGAAUGUAUAACGCUAAGCUAUAUAAAGUAGCAGAUGUAAUAUACCUCAGCCUCUAUUCCCCCCCUUUUCUAGCUGAAAUGAAGGUGAAAAAUAACUCAGACACUAAAGAAAGUGCUGAUUUGAACCAAGGAUGCUGUGAUGAAUCAGAACAGUCUAUCAAGUUUCGUUCCCUGAUACCCCAUUGCCCUCACAGCUCACCUGCUCUUCAUCAAUUACUUAUCUGCCUAGGAAACUAAAAACUUCCAGCAUCCUUUGGUCAUCGAUAACCGGUAAUGUUCUAUCUUUUAAAUUUCCCCUCACAUCUGCUUAAUCACUGAUGCACUUUUAAAAAAAAUUGGCCCCAGAGAAAUAGCCAGGAUAAGACUUUCCUUCAGACCCAUAAUUUCUAAGUAUUUGCCAAGAAUAACAGUGUUAGGCAGAGACCGUAAGACAAGCCAACCUAUCUGCUCUGAUCAUUGCCGGCAGGAAAUGUAGUUUUUCUUCACCUUAAUGAAAGGCUGCUGAGAGAUGAAAUUCUAAGGGCAAAGAUGCCCAUUGGCUAGUGGAAGAGCAUCUCUGUACUUGUCCUAUGACACCAGCUAAAUUUAUUGCUAAUAUUUUUUUCAUGUUCAUGGCAAGAUAUUGCUUGAGCACAGAAGGAAAAUUUAUCUAUAACCCCCUCGAGCCAAAAUGGGAUGCAGAAAUACUAGAUAUUAGCUUAAUAAUAUUUUACCAAAAAAUCCCUGUGCUUCUAACAGGGUCUUACAUUUAGAGCCAGAUUUGGCCUUGGCCAUGCUCUACUGGUUAAGUGCCAAAGGAGUAAAUGACCUGAUUUUUAUUGACUCUUUCUUUCCAAAAAUAUAAAGAGCAAGUUGGUUUCUGAGCUUAUUUGCAAUUCAUUGAUUUUUCUACUUUCUUGUCCUCACCCCUCCCCAUCAAAUAUUUUUUUUGAAGAAAGGUAUUUGUAUGAAACUAACCUCUUUCUUUCUUAAUAUUCAGCUCCUGCUAGUUCUGUACAUAAUAAAUAAAAUUUCAAACAAUA